AGGGAUAAAAAUUCAUCUGCAGUCUUGUGUUUAGCUAUCAACCAUCGCAUGCGCUUGAUCAUUCGUUACAUGAGAGAAUAGUCCCGAGGAUGGCAGUGUUAUUUUUCAUGUUGUGAUUGUCAAGAUGAAGCGCAGUAUUUAAAAGGUCUCAAAAGCUAUUGUGUCUAGUCAUUGUAAUUACUGUCACAGUGGUUCAGAUGUGGAAAAUGUCAAGCCACCAGUUGGACAGAUUUUUAGCAGCAGCUGUGCAUUUCCGUGGGCAUUAUUGGAACUAAUUGACAACAAAUUAAUCUAUUAUAAGCCCCUCCUCCUCCAGGAAGACAUUGAGAUUGGUCUCAGUGACAGUGAUAAUAGUUUAGUUUAGAUGGACAUGGGAUUUUGGGAACUUUCAACCAGGAUGAACGAACUGGGACACAGGCACCAAGGGCCACAGAUAUUCCACAGCCAAAAUGGCGGACAUGGAUUCCUUGCCGACUAGAUCGAGUGCAAGACUGAGGCAAAGACGUCAGAGAGCUGCAGCAGGAGACUCAGACGUAACAGACAAGAAAGAACAUCUAAAAUCCCCCGUGCCAAAGAUGAUGGAAGUGAACAUUCACGAUGAUAAUAUUGAUGUUACGUCCCCACACCAUCGCCUUCUUCACGAGGAUGGCGAGCAGCAGAGGACGUCGGAUGGAGAGGCGAAUGGUGGCACCAGCAUAAGAACCGCCCCUGAACCCAGUGAUACUGAAACAGUACUUAAUGAACAAGAAUUAAAGAAAGGACUUCUGGGUAAAGACUCUGACGAUGAUCUCCAUGAAAAAAAAUUGACCGGGAAAGAAGAGACAGAGUUCACAAUUCUUCUUCAAGUGUUGCUGCCCUAUAUCAUUGCAGGGUUUGGAACUGUGGCUGCUGGUAUGGUGUUGGAUAUUGUACAGCAUUGGUCUGUGUUUCACAAGGUCCCAGAGCUGUUUAUACUGGUGCCACCAUUACUGGGGUUGAAGGGAAACCUAGGAAUGACAUUGGCUUCCAGACUCUCAACACAGGUUAAUCUUGGUUACUUAGAUGAAGUAAAAGAACAGUGGAAGUCUAUAGGUGGUAAUACAGUGUUAACUCAGGGUCAGUCAAUAGUUACGGCUUUUGUAGCAUCUGUGCUAGCUGUAGCCAUGGGUUGGGUACCCGAAGGAAAGUUUAACAUCAACCAUGUCAUGCUGAUGGGGGCUAGUAGUAUACUCACCAACUGCUUAGCCUCACUUUUCUUAGGAAUUCUGAUGAUGCUGGUGGUACUGUACUCCAGGAAAUUGAAUAUCAACCCAGACAAUAUAGCAACACCUCUUUCGGCAAGCCUGGGUGAUCUGGUGACCAUUGUUCUCUUGGCAACCAGUAGCUCUUGGUUGUAUGAUCAGAUAGAAUUAAAUCCUUGGCUCUCUCCUGCCAUAGUAUUAGUAUCUGUUAUAGUCCUUACACCUAUGUGGUUAAUACUGGCCACAAAGUACAAAUACACCAGAGACGUGGUCUAUCAUGGCUGGACACCGGUCAUCUGUGCUGUGGCCAUAAGCAGUGUGGGUGGCCUGAUUUUAGACUAUGCUGUGACACAUUUUCAUGGCCUGGCUGUAUUUCAACCUGUGAUAAAUGGUGUGGGAGGUAACCUGGUGGCUGUUCAGGCCAGCAGACUGGCCACGUCGUUACAUCGGGUCAGUAAACCAGGGAUCAUGCCAGAAAAUGCGCCACGAGCAUGUGCGAAUCCUUGCACAGCUUUCUGUGGGAAAGGACCUCAUUCAAGAACAGCCCGUGUGUUGCUUGGUUUGGUGGUACCUGGGCAUCUUCUCUUCAUGUGUGCCAUUGCUCUAGUGGGUGCAGGACAUACAACUAUCACUGCCAGGUUUACUGCUGUUUAUCUCCUGGCUGCAGUUAUACAGGUAAUCGUCCUGCUGUACCUUGCCAACUGGAUGGUGCACUUUAUGUGGAAGAGUGGAGAUGAUCCAGAUAACUUUGCUAUCCCGUACCUCACUGCAGUGGGGGACUUCCUGGGCACCGCCCUCCUUGCCCUAGCAUUUCAAACCCUACACUGGAUGGGGGAUAAAGAUGGAGAUGUGGGAGAAUAGCUUCAAGGUGGUCCUGUUCAUUUUCGUUACAUUUUUUGCCAGUCACAGUAUUCAAGCAUGAAAUUGUUGUUUCAGCAUUCAGUUUUUUGACAGAAGGGAGCUGAAUACAGUUACUGUUUUUAACUCCCUUGACAAAGAGCAUCUGGUUAAAGCAGUUUGAACACUGCACUAUUGAAGGUAUAGAGAAAGUAUGAGGUAUGAGGUAUAGAGAAAGAGGAGAACGUAGUACUUGGGCUAGAGAUUUUCCUAUACUUUGUGCUGUUUGUAAUGUUCUGGUCAGUUCUAGUCGAAAUCCUUUAAACUUUGUGCUGGAUAUAUACUAGGCAAUAGAAAAAAGCAGCUGUUAGAGAAAAAGAAGAUCUGAAUCCUUUUUUUUUUUUUUUUGAGUGGGAGGGGGUUUAUACAUGAAGCACUGCUUUACCCAGCAAUAAACCUGAGAGUAGUAUGUUCAACUGCUGGGUAAAUUGUGAUCACCAUAGUGAUGGACAUUGCCUGGGUUGACCGCCUUCAGCCUGGUCCUAACAUUCGAAAUUCCAACACUGGGUAUCAAAGAAAAAAAAAAUCCCAGAAAACAUCUUGAUAUUACAACUGAUGAACAGUGUGCCACUGCAUAUAAUGCAAAUCGUUGAAAUAGAAGCACUGUAAUAGUUGUACCUAUCAUUUUCAACUAUACAAAGAGUACAUGUAAUAUAAAGAGGCAAAUGUUGGAGAAAGAAAUGAAAUAUAAUUUCUGAUAAACCAUCAUCCCAGUUGCAUGCAGGGGAAGGGCAUCUAUUUUUUUUAGUCGGAAGAUGGUAAAAAAGGGGGGAUGGAUC